GCCCUUCUCUCGCCCAUCUGUGUUCUGCAUUGGUUCUGCGGCCGUGUCCCUUUUGUGUGUGUCUGCCCUGUGUUUCUCCGUCGUCUCCGUGUGGAUCUCGGUUUUUGUCUCGCCCUCUCGCUCUCUCGUGCGUCUGGGUUUAAUCGUGUGCUUCUCUCAAUCUCUCUGUCCCUCCCUUUGCCCCCUACACGAGUGUUCUCGUCAACAGAUCUCCGGAGGUGAUGCAGAAACGACCCCGCGCCGGCGCCCCAUCCUGCGGCCAGUGUCUCCGCGCCCUGGCUCGCGUCCCCACCGUCCCCGCCCCAGAUUUCCGGAGGAGCAGUCGGGCGGGGUCCCGCGGGGCCAGCUGCCGUCAGCGCCCCUUCCCGGCGGCCGCGACCCCUCCCCGCUGACCUCACCGGAGCCGCCGCCUCGCGCAGAUAAAAGCGGCGGCCCAGCUGAAGAGCGCUCGGCAGGCGCCCGGGGUCCUCAGCGCUACGGACUCCUGACCUGCCGACUGCGGACCCCAAGUCCCCGGAUCCUGGACCCAUCCUGUGGAGCCCACGCCUGGCAGACGCCGCGAUGCCCGGCCCUUGGUUGCUGCUCGCCCUGGCUUUGACCCUGAACCUGACCGGUGUCCCUGGGGGCCGUGCUCAGCCAGAGGCGGCCCAGCAGGAGGCAGUGACAGCCGCGGAGCGUCCGGGCCUGGAUGACCUCCUGCGCCAGGUGGAGCGCGUCCUCUUCCUCCGGGAAAACAUCCAGCGGCUGCAAGGGGACCAGGGUGAGCACUCCGCGUCCCAGAUCCUUCAAUCUGACUGGCUCUCCAAACGUCAGCAUCCAGGCAAAAGAGAGGAUGAGGAGGAAGAGGGAGUUGAAGAAGAGGAAGAGGAAGAAGCGGGGGCUGUGGGACCCCACAAACGGCAGCACCCUGGCCGACGGGAAGAUGAGGCUUCAUGGUCAGUCGAUGUAACCCAGCACAAGCGGCAGCAUCCUGGCCGGCGCUCCCCCUGGCUUGGGUAUGCUGUCACAAAGCGGCAGCACCCAGGCAGAAGGCUGGCAGAUCCCAAGGCUCAAAGGAGCUGGGAAGAAGAGGAGGAGGAGGAAGAGAGAGAGGAAGAGCUGAUGCCUGAGAAACGCCAGCAUCCGGGCAAGAGGGCCCUGGGAGGACCCUGUGGGCCCCAGGGAGCCUGUGGUCAGGCGGGCCUCCUGCUGGGGCUCCUGGAUGACCUGAGUAGGAACCAGGGAGCUGAGGAAAAGCGGCAGCACCCUGGCCGGCGGGCUGCCUAGGUCAGGGAGCCCCUGGAGGAGUGAACCCAGUUUCCCCUGAAGUCGAGUUUGUGGUCUAAGGAUGUCUUGAGCCCUGUGUGCCCCACCAUUCAUGACCUCUGCAUUUUCUCAUUAGAUCCCUGACCAUAAGCCUGAGCCCCUCCCUCCCCGCCCCAUAUUCACACACACCCUAGCCCCUGGCCUUGCCCUCUUCCUUUAGGCACGUCAGAAAAUCAGCCUAGAAGUUUAAACCCCACUUUCCCCCACUUAGCACCACAGGCAAAGGGGCAGAUCCCAGAACCCCUGUCACCCCCACCUCCACAGGUCUGCUCCUUCCUUAACCCUGGCUAAGAGGGUCCUUCUG